GAAUUUACACCGUGCAGAAAUCAACCGAAAAAAAUGGGAAAAUCUCCACUUCGAAAUGUUUUGAAAAAUUUUCUUGAUCAUUAUGAAAAACUUGAACAAAGUCUUCAACAUUCACGUAAAGCUAUCAAAGAGAUGGCCGAUACUGGGCGUUCAACACCGCCACCAUUAUCAUUAUAUGCACAAGAAUUUUUAAAACUUAAAGAAUUAACUGAAUCCCUAAAAAAUGAUGUCAAUUGUCCAAUGAUUGAAGGUCAUAGUGAUGUGAAUAGAAAAAAGAAUCGUUAUAAAGAUAUUCUUCCUUAUGAUAAUAGCCGUGUUAUAUUAUCUGAAUAUCCUGGUGUGCCUGGUUCUGAUUAUAUCAAUGCUAAUUAUGUACGUGGUUCAUCCGGUAAUCAACGUGCUUAUAUAGCAUCACAAGGUCCAUUACCAAAUACAUUGGUAGAUUUUUGGCGUAUGAUAUGGGAAACAGAAAUUUUAGUUAUCGUAAUGGCUUGUAAUGAACGUGAAGCUGGUAAAUAUAAAUGUGAACCAUAUUGGCCAAUGAAUACGGACGAAAAACAGCAAUACGGUAAUAUUACUGUCGAACAUGUUAAAUGGCGACAGGUAUGCCCAGAUUUUUUAGUUCGAACAUUCAAAGUUACUGCCGAUAAUGAAGAACGAACUAUUUGUCAAUUUCAUUAUACAACAUGGCCAGAUCAUGGUGUUCCAAGUUCUGUACAGCCUAUUUUAGAAUUAGUACGUCUAAUGCGUGAUGUGCAAUCAUCAGAAUCAAGACCAAUAUUGGUACAUUGUAGUGCUGGAUGUGGUCGCACUGGAACAUUAUGCAGUAUUGAUUAUGUUUGGGCAUUACUGAGAACGGGAAAACUUCGUGAAGAUUUUAGCCUAUUUGAAAUUAUUAGUGAUAUGCGUCGUCAAAGAAUUGCCAUGGUACAAACAGUUGAACAAUAUAUGCUUUGCUAUAGAGCUGUUUCAACAUUAUUCGAACAGCACCUUAAACUUAUUGAUUCUCAUACAUAUGAAAAUGUCGAUGAUGAUGGUGAACCAUUGGGUAUUAAAAAUAUGACAAUUCCUAAUGUCGAACUAGAUGAACAAAAACACGAUGACGAUUCUAUUUCAUCAUCAUCGUCAUCAUUAUCAUCAUCAUCAUCAUUAUCUUCAUUAACAAUAGUUGAUGAUAUGAUACCAUCAAACGAUAAUCCUAAUGAUGAUAAUGAUAAAGAAAAUGAUGAUCAACCAAAACCAAGUUCAGAUGAACGAAAAUCUAAUACAGAAUCUAAUGAUAGAACGUUAGAAGAAUCACUGAAAAGGCAACAAGAUACAGAUGAUUCACAAACAGAAGAGGCAAGACCUGCACAUGAAAAAUUAAUCGGUAAAGCAACAGUAAUACGAAGACCUAGUAUUGCUAAAUUAAAAGCCAUUUUUGAUAAUCAUCCCCAACAACAACAACAACAACAACAAUGUGAUCAGAAUUCUGAUAAUCAACAACCAUCUACAUCAUCGUCGUCAUCAUCAUCAUUAUCAUCACCAUCGACUAACCAUACAACAGCAACCAUGACCACCAAUCGUCUUCAACGAAGUCAAAGUAUUAAGGAAAAUUUUCGUAAUUUUAAUUUCAAUUUUCAUUUAGAAAUCAAUCAACCAAAACUUCCUAAUCGUAAAGCAAAAAGCUAUACGUUAAGUGCUGCUAAAUUAAGUGUAUAUAAAAAGAAUUUCAAUUUUUCAAAUCUAGUAUUGAAUCAGGAGAAAAAUGCCUUAUCAAAUCGUACAAAAGUUCAAGAUAUUUGUUUUGAUAAUGUUAGUACACCAACAACAACCGAUGAACAGGAUACACCGGAAAAUUCACCUGUAGCAAUUGAAUCUGAAAAAAAUGUUGGAGUAUAUCAACAACAGCAAUCUGUGAUUUUAGAUACAAAAGAAUCAACAAACAUCAACAAUAACCAAAAUCCUAUGCCUAUUUAUCGAAACAACAAUAAUAAUCGUCCACCAUCAUUGAAUGAAUCGACAAGAAAUGCACCACCAAAACCACCGAGAACAUAUCAACAUGUUUUGGAUGAUUCUUGUAUAAUCAAAACAUCUGAAGGUCGAUUAAUUGUAACAGUAGCCCAGCCAAUUCAUCAUCAUAAUCGAAUGCAAUCAUCACGUACAAUGGAACAUCAUCAUCAACAUCUUAAUUCUAAUUAUGAACACCAUCAUCAUCAUCAUCAUCAUCAUCGUGGACAAGAAUCGAUUUAUGAUCAAUUGGGUGCACGAAAAUUUAGCUAUCAAUCAUCACCUAAUUUAGCUACAAUGACUACAGCUUUUUUUCCGCCAUCAACAACAACAACAACAAAUGGUAUCGGUGGACAAUUACAUUACAAUAUUUUAUCAUCACAACAACAUCCAUCGCAAUCAUUACAAGCUCCAAUUAAAUCGAUGAAUUAUUGUGAUACUAAUAAUUUUGUCACCGCAUCCAAUGCAAUUUAUUCAAAUUCAUUGAUUGCUAAAUCAUUUCCAUUACAGCCAUCGGCCAUGUUUCAUUCACAAAUUGCUCAACAGCAGCAACAAAAAACAAACCAAAUUCAUCAUCAUCCAAUGCAGCAAACACAUUCAAGAUCAUCACAAGAUUAUUCUCAUUAUGGAAAUUAUUCACCAUAUAUUGAUGUAAUGAGUUUUCAACAACAUCAAGCUAAACCAAUAAUUUUACAACAACAUGGUUAUUAUGAACCAAUCUAUGGUACAACAACGAAUCAUCAUCAUCAUCAAUUUUGAA